AUGGACCAUAACAAAUCACAACGCACAUACGAUCAAGCCUUUUUGUUUGCCAUGGGCGAAACAAAUCGUACAAGUAACUCAAAAAAACGGGCAUUAAUGUUUGCAGAUUUUUACGAUGUUGUUCCUGUUGCAGUAAAUGAUGAAGAUGGUAAUGAGUUAGACGUCAAUUUAUCCUCAAGCCAUAUAGAACAGUUCCAGACCAUGCUUUCAAAACCAAUACCACUCACAGUAAGGCUUCCAGUUCAAGAGGCACCUCCCCAAACCAUGUUACCAACUCGCGAUACAGUCAACAGCAUCGGUGAAUUUGGAGCCUAUUCUUCAUACUUAAACAAACACGGUUACACUGAAUUAACCAAGGAUAUGAUCGAACUGCUAAAUCAAGACUGGGAGAUCAAGCCAAGUCAACGGUUCAUCGCAGCAAGAGCAUUAAUCGGAUCGGUAAUCAUUGCUUUAGAAGUAUAUUGCCGUGACCCUGACAUCGAUAGACACGCUGAACAACGUGGCUCCACUGGUUCAGCACGACAAACGAUAUCUGUAUCGUCUGUAGGGCAAAAUGAUUUUGAAAUUUCCACCAUGCGCCAAGCCGAAGGCUGCAAUAUAUCCAUCAAGCUUAUACUGGGUGCCCACUCGUUUAACGCCCUUGUCACUGCUAGUACACGGAUCGACAACUUGGUGGAUCAACCUGAAUGCGGGCCAAACACUGUCAAUUUCGGUGUGUCUCCUAACUCCCACUUAAAGUACAAGUUGUAUCUUGACUCGGAAUCAUGGUCUGACUCUCUAGCGCUUGAAAAAAAGACUAAUUUGCAGUCCAUCUAUACUCAUUCCCGGCUUAUGCAACUUCGCCAGCUCAGAACUCGCUUUGAUAAACUUGACACGUACUCUGCUUCCCGAUCCGCAUUGUUUCAUGGUUAUCUGCAGCAACCAAUGACUUUUUUUACAUAUGGCAAGAAUACGACAUCCAUCAAUUCAGGCGCACUAUCAUCAAGGUUCUUAGCUAUGUUAGCUACGUCUGUUAUGAGGGAUGGUCAGAAUGCUCAUCUUAGACAAGUCAUUGUCGAAAACUUGCUUACAGAAUUUAAUAAGGAAACGAAGGCCAAGCGUGUUAUUAACGACUAA